AUUGUGUUUUGAUCAACACUCGCAUCAUGCCUGAACCAGCGAAGUCUGCUCCUAAGAAGGGCUCCAAGAAAGCGGUCACUAAGACCGCGGCUAAAGGAGGAAAGAAGCGCAGAAAGUCCAGGAAGGAGAGCUACGCUAUCUACGUCUACAAAGUGCUGAAGCAGGUCCAUCCUGACACCGGGAUCUCUUCCAAGGCGAUGGGGAUCAUGAACUCUUUCGUCAACGACAUCUUCGAGCGCAUCGCCGGUGAGUCGUCUCGUCUCGCUCACUACAACAAGCGCUCCACCAUCACCUCGAGAGAGAUCCAGACCGCCGUGCGUCUGCUGCUGCCCGGAGAGCUGGCCAAACACGCCGUGUCUGAGGGCACCAAGGCCGUCACCAAGUACACCAGCUCCAAGUGAAGCGUGAUCUGACUCCCGACAACCCCAACGGCUCUUUUAAGAGCCACCCAUUCUUUCAGUUAAAGAGUUUUAUGUACAGUUGUUUGUGGUGAGUUAAGUCUAUAAAUCCAGAACUAUACUUAACAACUUAACUCUCCAGGAAAAAAACGGGUUAAGACAUGCUACAAGGAUUUAAGUAACGUUAAUGUCCAAUGUCCUUUUUGCAGGUCUUCAAGCCAGUUCUAUCAAACCUUUACAAUUAAUCCAGAACGCAGCAGCUACAUCAAUUUUUAAUGAGCCGAAAAGAAU